UGUCUUCGAGCUUGUUUAUAACGGCGAUAUUCAUAGUUAUUCUCCUCUCCUUCGGAUACUGUUGCCGUGCUCUGUAGAUUGGGACCUGUUCGAACACCAAUUCUAUCUUCUCAGCGGCUAGGGUUUAUGCGAAUUACAGCAAAUGUAAGUUCUUUACUCCUUUGUAAUCACUUUGAUUUCCUCCAUCAAAAAUUAGGGUUUUACAGUCUCCUCAACAAAAUCCCUGCUAAUCUAUGUCAACAAUGUCAGUCUAUGUACCUCCCGAUCUCUUGAUUCAAAUCCUCAGGAGACUACCUGUCAAGUCUCUGAUUCGAUUCACUAGCGUUUGUAAAUCAUGGUACUUUCUCAUCACAAACCCUAAUUUCAUCACUACACACCUUAAUCAAACAAUUGCUAGCAACAAAAACCAAAAUCGCCCCCUCCUCCUCAGGUAUUACAAUAAGGACGACGAGAAAGAACACUACACUUUGCGUCACGACGACGAAACGUUCAGCAGGUUUUUGGAACUCGAAUUCCCAUUUAAGUGCCAACUUGGAUAUGUCAGAAUAGUGGGUAGCUGCAAUGGUUUGCUUUGCCUUAGUGAUGACUUUUUUGCUAAUACAAACGGCAUUUUUCUAUGGAACCCAUCAAUUAGACAGUCAUUGGUCCUGCCAGCGCCCAAUAAGCCAGAGUCACCUCAUAUGUUUGUUCUUGGAUUUGGUGUUGACAUUGCUACAAAUGACUACAAGGUGGUGAGACUUGUGUAUUGCAAACAGUAUCCACUCCAUUACGAAUAUCCUCCUACGGUUGAGAUAUACACAGUCAGCUCUGGAUUAUGGAGAAGUCUAGGCACCCCUGGGCCUUCAUACGGUAUGGUUGAAUUAUUGUGGUCGCAAGCUUUUGUGAAUGGAGCUGUACAUUGGAUUGCGUUUAAUCCGGCUGGUGGUGGUCACAAUUUGAUAGUGUCAUUUGAUAUGGGCAAUGAGGUUUUUUCUAAGAUUAUGUUGCCCGAUGCUUUAGCUGGUGAGCACCAGUCAAACUUGUAUAUCACUGUGGUUGGAGAAUGUCUUUCGGUGUUCAGAUACGGCAUUGGAUCUUGUUGCAUAUGGGUGAUGAAAGAGUAUGGAGUUGUGAAAUCUUGGACUGAACUGGUUACUGUUAAUCUACCGGGAGCAACGGACAGAACGUUAGGACUGAGGAAGAAUGGUGAAGUCCUUCUAUCUACGACUGAGAAAAUAUUAGCUUCAUAUGACCCUAAGACUCAGCAGAUCAAGGAUCUCGGGAUUCAGGGGAACAGACGUUCAUUAUAUGUUGAUACUUAUAUGGAAACUCUAGUUUUGCUCAAACGACAGAAUAGAUUCUUAGAGGGGCAAUUGCAUUCUUUUGAGUGGUAAGGGAGGAUGUUGCUGAAAGCAAAGAAGAAUUUGAAGAACAGAGUUAUGGCUAUUGGCGAGGGAGGAGGAGCGUGCAUGGGCAAUCAAGAAAAGGUGUGAAACAGAUCGAUAAAUAAUUAACUACAAAUUCUGGUUCCUUUAGUUAAUUGCUGUUUUCACAUACUGAAGUUUUAGAUGGAGAAGUAUAUUUACCUUUCUAUUUCAGUUUUGCAAGAUGUAUAAUCGUGGUUUGACAUUUUCAUUCUGUUGAUGCAACGGUGCAUGAUAUUUUGCUUAAAGAAAA